AUGGCCCCUUCAAAUGCAGAUGCUGGCAAAUAUUUUGCCCAUGACGCUCGUCUCGCCUCCUUCCAGAAGUCGCACAAGAAGCGAGGUUCGACAGCUGGCGGCCGAGGCAAGGCACUUCACUGGCCGCACAAGCAGAUUGCUCCCGAAAGUCUUGCGAGGGCCGGCUUCUACUUCGACCCGAGACCUGAGAGCACCGACCAUGUCGUCUGCUUCCUCUGCGACAAAGGUCUAGACGGCUGGGAGUCGGGUGACGACCCGCUCCUGGAGCAUCUCAAUCACGUCUCCCACUGCGGCUGGGCCAUCGUGGCUGCCAUCGAGGCCGAGAUCGGUGACCACGCCGAGCAGGACCCCAACCAGCCCUACAUGGUCGAGGCCCGCAAGGCGACCUUUGCCGGCAGGUGGCCGCACGAAGGCAAGAAGGGAUGGAAGUGCAAGACGAAGCAGCUUGCCGAGUCGGGAUGGAAGUACACACCGACAGCCGAAUCGGAUGACAUGGCGACCUGCACCUACUGUCAGCUGGCACUCGAUGGCUGGGAACCGUCCGACAAGCCCUAUCGGGCUCCGGGCUGUGCCUUCUUCGCCCUCUCGGCUCGCUUCGGAGUCAACAAGAAGAAGACGGGUCGAGGAAAGGCUGCUCGCGGAUCGAAGGCGUCCCGUCUGUCCGUGCAAUCCGUCGGCACCGUUGCUUCCGAGACAUAUUCGCUCGCCGACACGACCGCGCAAUUGGACGACAGCAUUCUCACCACCGCCUCCAUCAUGACACAAGGAGGAGGAAAGAAGACAAAGGCCAAGAAGGGAACCGCCAAGGCCAGAGGCAAGUCAAAGAAGAAGGAGCCGGCGGAGACGGCCGCUGUCGAGCAAGCCGAGCAACUCGAAAGCCAGACGUCACCCCCGAAACAAGCAAAGGCGACGCGCGGAAGAAAACGAGGCAGCGAGGCCAUGGACGACUCGUCUGUCAUGUCGAUUUCCCAGGAACCAGUCCCGAAGAGGCGCGCCACACGGACGCGGAGCAGCACCAUGACAAAUGCUUCUACCGUCAUCCCGGACGACGCCGAGAUGGUCACCACAUCCGACCUAUCUGGCCAAACCAGCAGCCAGCCACUAAACUCCAAGUCCCGCGUCAUAUCGACCGUCUCCACCGCUUCCAUGGCCUCCUUGCGCGGCCCCGCGAACGGCUUUCCCGACGACGAGGAAAUUGAACGCCAGUUGGAGGCAGACCUCGAGCGUGACUGGUCCGACGACGAGUUUGCUCACGGAUCCGGAUCCGACUUGGAUAGGUCGAGAUCCGAACUCGGCGACACCCACAAAUCUGCCGACUACGCCAUGUUCGACCCGGCUGCGGCCGAGAUGGAUGAUGCCGCCGUGGACGAGGAACUUCGAGCGUUGCAAGAGGAGAUGUUGGUCCACGAACCCGAGCCACAACCGCAAGAGUCUGAGCCGGAUCAGAUCCACGUCCCCAAGAAGGGCCGCAAAGCAGCAACCGGCAAAGUGUCGAAGCAGACAAAAUCGAAAAAGGCCAAGUUUGUAUCGCCGAUGCCCGAGCUGGAGCCUGAUGCUCAGUCCGGGGAGGCGCUUGUGGAGUGCAUCGACGACUUUGUGAAAGUGUCUCUCGACGAGCGGCAGCCGGUAGAUGAAGCGCCUGCCGAGCUCGACGAUGCGGGCACCGGAAGCACCGACACCAUGGUCGAAAACGCCAAUGCAGAGCCCAUGCAAACCGCUGCGCCUAAGCGAGGCCGCGGUCGCCCUCGAAAGGUGUCACGGGACUCGCGGGUAUCUCUAGAUUCUGUUGAUGUCUUGUCGGAACCUGCUCCUCUUCCGGCCUUUAGAAAAGGUGCGGGUGCGGGUACACGUCGCUCGUCCCAGUCAUCACGGCCCUCUCGGGUUGCUGCCAAGUCUGUGGAGGCGGACGAGGUAGCAGAAGCAGCGCAGCCGACUGAAAUGAACACGUCCGAGGCUGCGGUGGUUGGGCCGCCCAAGCGUGGCCGCGGCCGUCCUUCCAAAGCAUCCUUGGCUUCCCGGCCUUCCAAUACGGCCGAUGAAGCGAAACCUGCUGAUGCGCCGGUGAAGCGAGGUCGCGGACGGCCUCCCAAGAAACCUAGAGAGUUGCCGGAUACCUCACAGCCGCGACAACGACAGGCUUCGAAAUCUAACGCCGGCGUGCAGGGAGAGAUCGAGAUGUCUGACGUUGUCGCUCCUACCCAUCAGCCUUCGGCCGAUGCCGGGACUCCGUCCACGCCGGCCAAAAUGUCAUCGCCAGUGGCCUCGGCCAAGCGACCAGCGUUGUCACCCUCGCCCUCGCCCUCUCCGCAGUCAUCCGAUGCAGAGAAUCAGCCUCCUUCGUCGAAACCGGCGACGAGCGCGAAGCCGAAGAGAGUUGCCCUCGCACCGGUUGCAGCCACACCGGUGCGCAGUUCUCCUUCGAAACGCAACGUCUUGGCCGGCCUCCAGAGCAGCACCCCGUGGACGGCGGUGAACCUCGACUCGGUCUUUGGCACGCCGCGCGAGGGAGUGGACAAGGAGAACGUCGUCCGCCGUUUGCUGCACAAGGGCAAGGAGCUGACAAGCCCCGAAAAGCGAAUGACCGUCGAGGAGUGGAUCUACUUCAACGCCGGCGAGGCGGAGAAGGAGCUGAAGCACGAAUGCGAGGCCAUGGGAUCGACCAGGCGCCCCGUUGCUCGACGUCGGGAUCCUGCGCCCAGUUCAUCGUGA